AGUACGUCAACUUUGUUUUUGAACGGUUUACCACGUGCUAUAGAGUAUAAGUACCAUUUUUCUUUAAUCUGAACUAUAUGAAAAAUAUUUUUAAAGAAAUACGUGUUAGAACUUAGUUUUGAACAUGAAUACAGUUUGAACUUGUCAAUUGUGAAUUUAGUUUUGUGCGUUUUUCAUCAUUCAUUACAAUAUUUAUUUAGCAACGUUAAUAAAUAAGAUUAAAAAUGGAAACAGUUAUUCGGGAGGGUGCUUUAAAAUUGCUGGCAAAUGAAAGUACCUGUGAUGUCAUUCUCAGUUGCCAAGGACGUCGUUUGAUGGCUCACAAAUUGAUAUUAUCGAUUGUGAGUCCUGUUUUUCGGAACUUGUUGCUGGAAGGAUCCGCAGAUCCAGCUGUCAUUAUUCUGCCUGAUAUUCCAAAUCAUACGAUGUCUUUAAUUCUAGAUUACAUAUAUACCGGGGCUGCCACAGUUUAUUCAGAUACAGUUCAACAAUUUCUAAGCUUGGCAAAACUGUUUAAGAUUCAGUUAGACAUAGAACCGUUGAAACAUCCGCCUUUUAAUCAGAAAACAGAGGAAAACAUUGAUACUAAAACAGAAGACGAUAAAAAUAUAUUUUUCAGUAAAGAAAAAAUGAAAGAAGAAUAUUUUAACAAGAAAAAGAAAUUACCUGACUUGAUAUCUAUUCACAAAAUGAAAUCGAUCGAACGUAGCAAAAAACGGAGGAAAAUGAAUAGUUGUUUGCUGCCUAGUCCCUGGCGACCUAGAGUUGAAACAGUAUUAGGAGAUCCAAGAGAAGAUUCAGAAUAUCUGUUACCUGCAAAUAUUCAUUACUCCAAGUCACUAGAACACGAUUCCAACAAUAACUUUCAACUUCCUAUAGUUCCAAGAUGCUAUAGUACUGGUCUAUAUAGAACAAUAUCUGACUCGUGUCCAUCUGAAAACAAUAACUUUAAAACACAACUGCAUCUUGAUAUCAACGAAUCGUCUGAUAACGUUAGUCUAAAUGCUAGAAUUCCAUGGUUUCCUGAACGUUCGACAGAAGACAAAGAUCAUAGCGAGAAGACACCAACAGAUACUCAAAAGUGGUUAACAUUAAAUCCUGCACUUCAAGUAGAUAGUUACAGAUACCAUGAUGAUACAGAUAAGUCUUUAGAAAAUGCCGAUGUUCCAGAACUAGCGCAUUCCUCUAAUUUUAAAUUGCAAAAGAAUAGAGAACUACCUGAAAAUUUUGAUAAAUCUGCUAAUAAUGCUGAAAGUAACUACGUUGUAAAUCAAAAAUCAAGUUGUGUAAAUCCGGUGGAAACAAAUAGUGAUAAACAGAAACCUUUCAAGUGCGAAGAAUGUAAAAAGUGCUUCAGCCAAUUAAGGAACUUCAAAUAUCAUCGAUCUCUACACGAGGGAACAAAAGAAUUCGCUGCGAAAUGCUCUGAAUGCGGAAAGGUAUUUAACGACAAAGGUUACCUCUCGAGCCAUAUGAAGAUACAUCGAGAUAAGAAAGAGUACGCUUGUCCUCAUUGUCCGAAGCGAUUCAAUCAAAGAGUCGCCUACAACAUGCACACCAGGAUACACACAGGUGUAAAACCCCACGAAUGCCCUACAUGCGGAAAAAGUUUUUCACGAAAAAUGUUAUUAAAACAACACCAAAGAGUACAUACCGGAGAGCGACCAUACUCUUGUCCAGAAUGUGGAAAAACAUUCGCCGAUAGGUCAAAUAUGAGUUUGCAUGCUCGUCUACACACAGGUGUGAAGCCCUAUGCUUGCAAUGUGUGUCCAAAAAGCUUCACCAAAAAGCACCACCUCAAAACUCACAUGAACUUCCACACUGGCCUCAAGCCGUAUAACUGCCAAAAAUGCGGACUGGCUUUUUCUCAGAGUAGCAAUAUGAGGACACAUUACAAGAAAUGUUUACUAAAAUCUCAGAACGCUGAGUCUGAUCGUAACAACCAACGAAAUGACGAAGAAGACAAGAGUGUGUCAUAGUUGUUGCUGAAUAGAAGUAAAUAACAGGUUCAUAGGACUGUGGAUCUGGCAGAUACCGCUACAACGAUCGAGUGGUAAUCACUACAAAAGUUCUCGAAGGAAUUUCCUGUAUUGCAACAAGAUAUACGGAACAAUUACAACAAAAUUUUGAUAUCACUGUUGAUACGUUAAAACAUUUUAUUUCUUGUUUAUUGGUCAAGUUAGAAUUAUAAUAAAGGAAUUUUCAUUAUGUA